UGGCUUGACUUGAGGCUUGCUCGGUUUCCCAAGGAUUUCAACAGCUGGGUCUUGUCUUAUGUCAAAUACUGGUUUACCUACCUAACCCUCAACCUGGGAUAACCUGCUUAUUAAUUUCAAUGUAAUAGUGACUGAGCAGGAAUUGGUAUUACAUUCUACAAGGACAUUGCUAAUUUCUCAACUUUAUUCGUCUUUGAGUGUCUGUGAUUCACUAGUUCAACUUCAUUUUAUCACGAAAGUUACCAACACCUAACCUGGGAAACCAAAAUCAAUAGUGCAGACGGCACCCUAGUACUUGUGAUCUAUACUUGUGCAUCCAUCGGCAACUAUUUGUACAAAUUCUGUGUUUCAAACAGACUAGUUUGCGCGCUAAGUGUUAUAUUGGAACAGGUGGAAGUAUAUUUCGUGUUUUUUAUCCGUAUAGGAUAGUUAUUGAAUGAAACCUAACUCACAAUUGAAAUUGUUUUUGUGACAAACAGUAACUAAAUUAUGAUAAAAUUUCUCUUUCUAUAAGAGCUUAAAUCUAAUUUAGUAAUCAAAUUACUUGAAUUUUAAAGUGUUGACUAGAAUUUGAAAUACAUUUCAAAGUUUCACUUAAAAAUGCUUAUUAAAGAAUACAGAGUGGUCCUACCCCUGACGGUGGAAGAGUAUCAGGUCGGUCAGUUGUUUUCGGUUGCAGAGGCCAGCAAAAACGAGACCGGUGGCGGUGAAGGGGUAGAAGUACUGAAAAAUGAGCCAUUUGACAACCACCCUCUUUUGGGUGGCAGGUACAGUAAAGGCCAAUAUACAUACAAGAUCUAUCACUUAGCAAGUAAAGUACCAGCAAUAAUCAGGCUUUUGGUUCCCAAAGGAGCAUUGGAAAUCCAUGAGGAGGCUUGGAAUGCGUACCCCUAUUGUAAAACUGUCAUCACCAAUCCUGGCUACAUGAAAGAAAACUUUUCAAUUGUUAUUGAGUCUUACCACAUUGCUGAUGCUGGCGACAAGGAUAAUGUCCAUGAGUUACCACCAGAAAAGUUGAAGCAGAGGGAUGUUGUGAUGAUUGAUAUUGCAAAUGAUCCUAUAAGUCAAGGCGACUAUAAAAAAGAUGAGGAUCCUGCCACUUUUAGCUCGGAAAAAACGGGGAGAGGUCCGCUGACCGGGAAAUGGAUGAACCAGGUUACUCCAGUUAUGACAUGCUACAAGCUAGUGACGGCCGAAUUCAAAUGGUUUGGAUUCCAAUCGCGAGUGGAGAGCUUUAUCCAGAAAUCGGAACGGCGAUUGUUCACCACUUUCCAUCGUCAGGUGUUUUGCUGGCUGGACCGUUGGCAUGGCCUCACAAUGGACGACAUUCGUGCCAUUGAAGACAAAACCAGGGAGGAGCUGGACAAACAACGAAAUGUUGGUGAGGUUAGGGGAAUGAAAGCUGAUUAAUAAACUACAUCUUCCGCUGUUUAGCAGUUGUAUGUGGCGAUGCUCAGAUGUUGUCUAAUUUCGAUCUGCGCUCCAAGUGCUGUAACUUAUGUGUCCAUAUUCCAUAACGGACAAAGCGUCGCUUGCAUUCGCUCUAUACACGUGCAAUAGUUAUUUCAACUCUAAAUGUUCAAUUAAAUAAGUCCAUUUUAUUCUUCUGUAACCUAUACUACACUAAAUUAUACAGACCCCCUAAAAAUCUCCCGUAAUAAUUGUAACUAUAACCAUGAAUGUGAGUCCCAUCCUUGUCCCAGUCAGUCAUACUGUUGAAAAUAUCAAAUAUUAAAGUCAGAAUUUAGUAAAUGUUGAUUAAAACUUGAAAUAUUUAUUAUAUAAAUAUAUGAAUACAAUGAAUACUGUUAAUAAUUCCAGUGGUUCAUGAUGCAUUUCUUCUUGUAUGUGGGCAUGCUUUUUGAAUUAACUUACUGUAUACAAAAAAAAAUAAAGUCUAUUGUAUAUAAGGACGUAA